AUGAGCUCCACCACAAUUCAAGUUACCAACUCUGCAACUAUGGGAAUAUACGAAUUACCUAAAGCAAUGAGCAUGUGGAGGGAUACCUCAAAAGCGUUGAUGACUUCCGGCGCAGGUACAUCUUCAAGCACACAGGCGGAAUCUGGACAUGAGAAUAAGUUUGAAUAUGAGUAUGUUUCUCCUGAGAUGAUGGAACCGUCCUUAAGUGUUGAAGAUGCAGCAAGACUUUCUGAGAAGGUUCAAAGGCGUUUGGCACAAAAUCGUGAAGCUGCAAGGAAAAGCCGCAUGAGAAAAAAGGCUUACGUUCAGGAUUUAGAAAGUUGCCGUUCGAAGCUUGCUCAGUUAGAGCAACAAAUUCAGCAAACUAAACAACAGAACUCGUAUGUUGGGGCUGCAUUACAUGCUAAUCUUGGAUUUGCAGGACAUAUCAGCACAGGAUUAUCCACAUUUGAAAUGGAAUAUGGACACUGGGUUGAAGAACAAAAUCGGCAGAAUUGUGAACUUGAAAAUGCUCUACAAGCUGAUGUUUCUGAUGUUGAGCUGCGAAUCCUUGUAGAAGGUGGCUUGAAUCACUAUUACAGCCUCUUUCGGAUUAAAGCAGAUGCAGCAAAGGCUGAUGUUUUCUACUUGUUGUCUGGCAUGUGGAGAACACCAGUUGAGCGGUUUUUUCUCUGGAUUGGAGGAUUCCGGCCAUCUGAUCUCCUAAAUAUUCUUAUGCCACAACUUCAGCCCUUGAGCAAUCAACAAAUGGAAGAUAUUAGUAAACUACGAUAUGCAUCCCGACAAGCUGAGGAGGCCCUGUCAAGAGGGGUGGAUAAACUCCAGCAAACUCUAAAUGAGAUCAUGUUCACUGAUCCGUUGGCUGUAGAAGUGUACGGCUUUCAGAUGGCCUCCGCAUUGGAGAAGUUAGAAGCUAUAGAAGGCUUUGUGAACCAGGCUGACCAUCUGCGUGAGCAAACCCUACAACUGAUGUACCGGAUCCUUGAUCCCCGUCAAGCAGCCAGAGGAUUAGCAGGCUUAGGGGAGUACUUCAGUCGCCUCCGUGCUCUCAGUUCACUUUGGGCUGCUCGUCCUCGUGACCCAGGCUAGUGAAAGUGAAGCCUACUGGAGUCAGCUUCUUGGUUACUGUACAUGGAUAAUGGCUGCAUCCGUCAGUCCACAGUUCAACAUGUAUCUAUAAUAGAGCACUUAUUCCUUCCAUCCUUUUUCUUUCCUCUAAAAGUGGUGGAGUUUCUAUAAUAACGUUUAGCUUGUAAAUAUGUUUAUGGCGUGUCUAGAAUGAGGAAAAGUUAUGGUGGGUUGGUCCGGCAGAUUUACAGUGAUGCGAUAUUGAUCAUUGAGGUUGGGCUGUUUUACUUGCUGUAUAGAAUCGAUCAAUAUCAAUGAGAGUUGGGCAAUGGUACUUGCUACUGAAAAUUUAUUAGAUGACAAUGAACAAGGUGUAUUGCGCAAAUUUGUAAUUUUUAUCGUUAUUACUUUAUGUCAAAUGAUAAUUACAUCUUCUUCUAUGUUCUUCGUCAGCAUAUGCUGGUGGAUCGGUUAAAUAAAAUCUUUCUUAUGCAG